GUAAGAAAUCUUCGCUUGGCCAAGUUGUGAUGAAGGCAAAAUGGCUGCCGUUGUGGAGUUGAAGUCACCUGGUUUCCCUGUCCGACCCUUCCAUCCCGAUCUCCAAGGCGAUUUCCAGCUCAUAGAUUGAUGUUCAACUCAGAUACAACAAAAAAACACACAGAAAAAAGCAUUAAGCAAUCAUCAAGUUUACCCAUGUAACAACCAACCACUCGAGGUCCAGUCUCGCAAAAUGGGACGUUCGAAAUGGUCCGAUGUCUUGAUUAUGUAAUGGACGUCUGAACGCGAUUCUCCACUCCCAAGAAUGGUCAGUUUCAUUCUGGAAGUGGCCGAGUUGCUUCCAUCCAACCAUACUUGAACACAUCUAACUCGAUCCUUGAAUUGGUGGCCAGGAUCUCUGAGCACUUUCCUUCUCCUACCUGUGGAUCGAUCUCCUCAGUGAGUGAGUGAGUGGUGGUAGUGGGUGUACUGUUUAUGUGGUACAUGUAGCAGACGUCGUUGGUGUCGAUGGUAAAAGAAACUCCUCAUACAACCAAUACUACUGUUCAUUACCCUCGUCGACUCUACCCAACACAACAUAUCCAACAUUGAACGCCAGCCGGACACCGAGAAGAACGAACAACCAUCGAGGUGUGCUUCCAAGCCUGGCACAAUCUCUUUCCUUGUGGUACGCCGUACCCGUGGUUUCUGGACGCGGGGCCAGCCCAGUUCUGAAUCAUCGAAGAGGAAGAAGUGAACGGUGAGUUCGUUCCUUCGUUCCUUCGUUGGUUCGUUCUCUCGGUCGGUCGGUCGGUGGGUCGUUGCUUGGUUGGUUGGAUCUUUCGUUCGUUCGGGAAGUGGGCCAAUGUGGAUGGACGAGAAGAGGAUCUUUAGAAUAUCUUCAACCUCACGCACUUGAACAACUCCUCUCGGAGAGUGAGUGAGCCGCGAACAACUGUCAAACCUCUUUCCCAAAAAGUUUCAACCAGGAUCUUUGGCUUCGAUGGGACUCGAGUGAGAAACACGGAAAUAAGUGAAUAAAUGCGUCUGGAUCAGCCUCCUCGUCUAAAGCAGUGAUUACUCAGUCUAUUCUUGAUUGUUAAACGUUUUCCAGUUCCGUUUGGAGCCCCCUUAUUGACCUUGUCAGACUUCCUGAGGCAUUGGUGACGUUGCCAAAAGUGAACAGAAAAGUGAAGGGGUCAUGCAAAACUCGCGAUCUUAACACGUUCCCCUGAGUGCAGUUCAACCACGACAAGAUGGGUUGUCGCAUGAUCGAUAACUUCCUGAAGAAGGCCUUCUACAAGUUGGGUCACUUCGUGGGACAACACCCCGGCUACUUCAUCGUGAUCCCCAUCAUUUUGACCAAGAUAUUCGUGUCCGGGCUCUAUUUCAUGGACUACCAAUAUGACCCGGAAUACCUGUUUAGUCCCGUGGAUGGCCAAGCCAAAACGGAGCGCGAAAUCAUGGAGACUCAUUUCCCGACCAACUACACCCAGUUCAAAUCCUCGAGGAUCGCCCGAGUCGGGAAAUUUGCCCGUUUGGUGAUCGAUGCCAAGGAUGGUGGCAGCAUGCUUAGGUCGUCCUUGUGGAAUCAACUCCUCUUUCUGGACGAGAUCGUUUACAAUGUGUCAGUGGAGCAUAAUGGACAUGAGUAUCAAUACUUGGAUCUCUGUGCCAGAUGGGGAGGCUAUUGUUAUGACAAUGAGAUCUUGUCUUUGGCCGAUCUCAUUCCACAAGUGGAGCAGGGCCUGCUCAAUCUCACCUAUCCAAUCUACUUCAACCCAUUCACGUUCGAGGCUAUUACGAUGCCGGCAUUCCUCGGUGGAGUCGAGUUUGGCGAAGAGGAUCACAUUAUUGGCGAGGUCAAGGGCGUUGCUCUGGCAUAUUUUCUGGACGUCUCCGAGGAAUGGAUGGUGGGCGUGGGCGAUGAUUGGGAGAGGAAGCUUCUGGAACAAGUGGCCAAUCUCUCGAAGAUCUACGCUCCCGAUCUGCAAAUCGGUCGCUUUGUUUCCAACACGCCAGCUUGGGAAAUGGAAAAAUCCCGACUCUCGGUCACCAAUAUCCUCGUGAUCAACGUGAUUGCCAUGGUGAUCUUCAGUUUUGGCGCUGCCGUCAUGUCCGAUAACGUCAGAUCCAAGCCCAUCAUCGGCUUUAGUGGGCUCCUUUCGGCGGGUAUGGCCAUCAUGGCAGCCUUUGGUUUCGCUUGCUAUAUCGGCGUGGAGUUCAUCAGCUUAAAUAUGGCGGCACCUUUCCUCCUUUUGGGCAUUGGAAUCGACGACACGUUUGUCAUGUUGAGCUCUUGGCGGCGAUCCCCGAUUCAUUCCACUGUACCAGAGCGAAUGGGCCGGUGUUAUGCCGAUGCUGCUGUCUCAAUAACUGUGACCUCGCUCACGGAUUUCUUGAGUUUUAUGGCCGGCGCCGUGACCCCAUUUCCGAGUGUGCGGAUUUUCUGUCUCUUCACCGGCAUCGCGGUGGCCUUUAUCUACAUUUGGCAUUGCACUUUCUUUGGAGCCAUCAUGGCUUUGUCCGGAUAUGCCGAGAAUAAGAACCUUCAUGCUAUCUGUUGUUGCGUGAAGGCCACCCCCAAGUCACAGGCCAUGAAUCGGAAUUUCCUCUUCCGAUGGUUCAUGACGGGCGGGAUUAAUCCCGAUGACCCUCACAACCCGCGGGAUAACCGUGAUCAUGCGGGUAUGGUGUUCUUCCGGGAUGUGUUUGGCAAGUUUCUGACCAAGACCUGGGUCAAAGCCUUAGUUUUGUGUGUCUUUGGUGUGUACAUAGUGAUUGCGUGUUGGGGUGUCACGAACUUGCAAGAGGGUCUCCAGAAGAGAAACACCGCCAAUUACGACUCGUACUCGGUCGAAUACUAUGACAUGGAAGAUAAGUACUUCAAGAAGUAUGCCUUCGCCAUCAGUCUGAUGUUCACGGGGCCACACAUCAAUUUUGCGGACACAUUCACCCAAGCUAAGAUUGAAAACAUCACUCAAACCUUCGAAUCCUCUCAAUACAUUGACGGGAAAGUGACUCAGUCGUGGUUGCGUGAUUUCUUGGAUUACGUGCGACGAAACGCGGACAAUUCAGAUUAUGAUUUCUCCGUUGAUACUGAGCUGAAAUUCACCAAUCUCCUUCGAACGGUGUAUUUGGCGGAUCCAACCAAUCCACUCAAUUUGGAUGUGGAGUACAGUGACGAUCUCAAACGCGUCAAAUCUGCCAGAUUUCUCAUCCAGGGUCACAAUAUCAAGAACUCUUACAUGGAGCAACAGAUGGUGAUGGAGCUGCGAGACAUUUGCAAUCGAUUCUCCACUGACGACAUGCAAAUCGAUGUCUUCCAGCCGUUCUUCAUCUACAUUGACCAAUAUCUCGCCAUCAAACCCCAAACGAUCCAAUGCGUGAUCGCCACUGCCAUUAUCAUGAUCUGUGUGUCACUUCUGCUCAUUCCCAGUGUGAUAUCUUCCAUUUGGAUAUCGUUCUCCAUCAUCUCGAUUGAAGUAGGCGUGGUCGGGUACAUGACUUGGUGGGGCGUGAGUCUCGACGGCGUGGCUUUGAUCAACUUGAUCAUGUGUAUCGGCUUCUCGGUGGAUUUCUCGGCUCACAUUUGCUACCAUUACAUUGCUGAGGAUGGGAAACAGCCGGAUGAUCGGAUCCGGGGCAGUUUGUACGGCUUAGGAAUUCCAAUCAUUCAAGGGGCGUUAUCCACCAUCGUGGGUGUGUCCGGCCUGGCCUUUGCCCCUAGCUACUUGUUCGUCACAUUCUUCAAAAUGAUCUUCUUAGUGAUUGUGUUGGGCGUCCUUCAUGGGUUGAUUCUGUUGCCCGUGUUACUCUCGCUUUUCGGACCAGCCUCGUGCGAUUCAAGAUCUCAAAAAUCCACCCGAUCCUCAGGCUUAUCCACACCCACUACCAUCAGCUGCAACUUUCAACAACCCUCGUGCUACACGGUGAAUUUAGGGUUUGUCGCGGAUCAGAUCUCACCCUCUCCGGCCAUGUCCAGCCAUCAUUAUCAUUCCAAAGGACACCAAACCAGGCAGCCAUCUGGUGAUGAGAUGGAUUUCCAUCACUACAAUGCCAGCCAUAUGGUCGAGUACCCUUCUCAUGGACGAGGUCGAAGUGAAGAGCGAUCUCGACGACCCCGAGAAGGCAAAUCAAGGAGCUCCCGUGAACGAUCUCGAGACCAAUUGGAUUACGUGUCGAGUCUGCCCCAAGGCUACAUGGAGGAGUACGAGACCUCCACUCCCAGGGUCCGCCAUACCAUUGUCAUCGACUCGCAGCCUAUUCCACCCAAAACGAAUCGGGAGAGCCGAGCUCCACGAAAGGAGCCAAGGAGGGACCAAAACCAGCGGCCGUACAAAUCGCAGGAUCGAGCCAAAGAACAAGCUCCCAAAGACAGCCCUUCUUCCAAGGUGGGCAAGAAACCAGUCAUUCGCUCCCAGAGCCAUGUCCCACAUAGCUUGGAGUCCACCCAAGUCGCCAAUCAUCUGUCGUCACUGUCAUCUUCCAUGGCCGAGGACUCGCUGCAAGUGAUGGUGGGGCCGGGUGGUGAUGUGCUAGUAAAGCAGCCUCUUCGUAAAUUUAACAGUGUUCCAUAUCACAAGUUCACCAAUGAAGGAGGGUACUCCUCGGACGAGAGCUUGAGAUCCGCCGAGCGAGAGGCCAAUGGGAUACCCCAAGGGUAUCCCAUUCCCCAUCGGAUCUCGUACUAUCAGAACCCUCAAAUGGACAGCUUAUGGGACCGUCAGCAAUGAAAGUGAUGGUGUCCCCCGAGUUCCCCCAUUUGAACUCUUGCUGUGAUGAGCACUCAAAGACGCUCGAGUUUUCAUACUUAUUUUGUGAAUAAGUGAUCCAUUAUUAAUCAAUCGUUCUAGUAAUCAUAGUCAAAAUGGAAACUGAUGUGGCCAAAUUGUCGACCGAACUCGCAUGGCAUUCAAGGAGGUUUUGAAUGUCAUGUGAGUUGUCUUUGCGUGCUCAAUUCAAGUUUAUAUCUGGUAUUAUUAAUGCUCUGAGGACUGUGGAUGAUUGCAAUAUUCGUUUUGAAAUUACGUCAGUUGAUUUCCUGUUGAGUAAUAACCUGUGAAAUAAGUGGAAGUAAACGCUUUAUUGUAGAAUGAAUAAACGUCGCCGAAUCUCUA